UUAGAGACGCAGCCAGGGCUGUGCCUCGACCUCCUUUGACAUCUCUGCCCCCCCCCCGCUGGCUCUUUACCCUGGCCCCCCUCUCCGAGCUGCUGGCUCCGGUGCUCGGAGCACACGCUGUCCAGGAGUUCCUAAGGGGGUGCACUCCCCAGAGCCCACGUCCCGACCCAUUUCCCCGCAGUGGUGGCCGUGGGCGCUGUGCCCGUGGUGCUGGGCGCCAUGGGCUUCACCAGCGCAGGAAUCGCUGCCUCCUCCGUAGCGGCCAAGAUGAUGUCAGCCGCCGCCGUCGCCAACGGGGGCGGAAUCUCCGCCGGUAGCCUGGUGGCUGCUCUGCAGUCCGUGGGGGCAGCUGGACUCUCCACAUCAUCCAACGUCCUCCUGGCCUCCGCUGGGUCAGUUUUGGGGGCCUUGCUGGGAGGUUCAAAACAGGCACCCCCUCCCUCUCCCCAGGCCUCACCCAGGGCUGAAAGUGACCAGCCAGGAGAAAAUGUGUCCAAAGUCAAACCUCUGAAACCCCCACUCAGGUCAGAGAAGCCUCAGAAAUAAAGAUCAUGUGCAGAUGCAC